CCAACCGUUCCCCUUCCUCCUUGAUCUGCGCUACCUACCAUUCAAGGCUUCCAUCUCACGAUGUCGACUGCAAUCCCUAAAACCAUGAAGGCACUCCUCGUUCAGGAGGGCAAAACCGUCGCCGUCAAGGAACACCCCGUCCCUCCGGUUGGCGACGAUGACGUCCUCGUGAAGAACGUCGCCGUCGCUCAGAACCCAACCGACUGGAAGUUCGUCGACUUCGUCCAGAAGGCAGGCACGAUCCUCGGCUGCGACUUCUCCGGAUACGUCGUCGCAACGGGCAAGAACGUCGCCUCGCCCAAGGUCGGAGACCAUGUUGCGGGCUUCGUCCAGGGCGGCACAUACACCGACUAUGGCGCGUACGCCGAAUACGUGCGCACACCCGCCGAGCUCACGUGGGUCGUCCCGGAGGGAACGCUGAGCCACGAACAGGCGGCUGCUCUGGGCUGCGGUUUCUGGACAGCGGUACAGGCGCUCUACCACCCGAAGCGUCUCGGACUCGUCGAACCUCCUGCGAGGGUCGACAAGGAGCAGUGGGUGUUCAUCUACGGCGGAAGCGGCUCCGUCGGCCAAUACGCAAUCCAGCUCGCCCACCUCUCCGGGUACAAAGUCGUGACGACCGCCUCUCCGCGCAACUUCGAGCUCGUGCGCUCUCUUGGCGCCGACGUCGUGUUCGACUACCACGACUCGGACGUGGUGAGCAAGGUCAAGGCCGCGACGGGCGACAGCAUCGCAGAGUCGUUUGACACGAUCAGCCUGCGCGAGAGCCAGGAGAUCUCCGCGCGUGUCGUCAAGCUCGGUGGCGGCAAGCUCGUGCUGCUGCUCGCGCCGAUCGCAGAGGCGAAGGUGCGGGACGACGUAGAGAUCAUCCCGACUCUGCUCUACACCGUCCUUGGGCGCACGUUCUCGCUCAAUGCGAGGGAGUACCCCGCGAGCACGGAGGACCGCGGGCACAUGGCUGCGUUCCUGCGUAAGCUCCCGGGUCUCGUCAAGGAGGGAAAGAUCACGCCGAACCGGGUGCACGUCUGGGAAGGCGGGCUGCAGGCGGUGCCCGAGGGUCUGCAGUACAUGCGUGAGGGAAAAGUGAGCGCAGAGAAGAUUGUGUACCGGCUGUAGCUUGCAGGUUGGGAGCACUGGUAGGAUAAGAGUAAGUGUUGCUGUAUGCAUGUGCUAUGACGCAGCGAAUAGCCACGGAGAAGACGGAAGACGAAGACUCAUGAUGCACGU